UAUAGUACACUCAUCAUCACCGAAAAAGCGGAAGAGACCAAUUACAGGGAGGUGGAAACACUUUGUAAAACACGGCAGGAAAUACCAUAAAACUGAGAGAAGAUCGACAUAUAACUCACAGCUGUUGCUUGGUGCGGAUACUCUUUCCGUUCAACUGUUUUUACCGACCAGAAAAGUUUUUGAGGUCCUGGAGGAGAGAUGCGGGUGGUAAACAGUCUGGCCGGACCGUAAAUCCACUAACGGAGCACUUUAAAGUCAGCGGACGUACCGGAGAAGUGUUCACACACGCGGCUAACAUCCAUCAUCACGCUCCGGUGUUUCUGUUGCGCGUCAGCACAGACCCGUGACUGAACAAUAUGUUGGAGGGGUUGAGUGAAGUGUUGUGGCAGGAGCGUCUCUGGUUCCCAGAAGGUUUGGGAUGGGCAGACCUGGAAGACCAUGAUGGGCGGGUCUAUGCAAAGGCUCGGGAUUUGUGGGUGGUACUGCCAAUCGCCCUCAUGUUUCUUGUGAUUCGACAGAUCUUUGAGAGGGUUGUUGCUACACCACUAGCCUCAUUACUGGGCGUUAAGGAAACUGUCAGACGGCGAGUUACACACAACCAAACACUGGAGUCCUACUACUGCAACACAUCUAAAAACCCCACACAGAGUUCAGUAGAGAAACUGUGCAAGCAGACGGGUUGGAUAGAAAGACAAGUCCAGCGCUGGUUUAGACGACGGAGAAACCAAGACAGACCUAAUGUUCUUAAGAAGUUUCGUGAGGCCAGUUGGAGAUUCACCUUUUAUCUUCUCGCCUUCAUCGGUGGUCUUGGUGCACUAAUUGAUAAACCCUGGUUGUAUGAUUUAAAGGAAAUGUGGAAAGGGUUCCCCACUCUGACACUGUUACCAUCUCAGUACUGGUACUACAUGCUGGAACUGGGUUUCUACUUUUCCCUUCUGUUCAGUGUGGCUUCAGAUGUCAAGCGUAAAGACUUCAAAGAGCAGAUCGUUCAUCACGUGGCUACCAUCACACUGAUCAGUUUCUCCUGGUGUGUGAAUUACAUCAGAGCUGGAACACUGAUCAUGUUUGUGCAUGAUUCUGCAGACUAUUUACUAGAGUCAGCUAAGAUGUUUAACUACGCAAGAUGGAAGAACACAUGUAAUUACAUAUUCAUCUUGUUUGCUGCAAUCUUCGUCAUCACACGCCUCAUCAUCUUCCCUUUCUGGAUCAUGUAUUGUACAUGGGUGUAUCCCGUAACUCUGUACACUCCAUUUUUUGGAUAUUACUUCUUUAAUGGGCUUCUGCUGGUGCUGCAGUGUCUGCACAUCUUCUGGGCCGCACUGAUUAUACGCAUGGCCCUCCGCUUCCUCACCAGCAAUUCGUCAGUAGAGGACGAAAGGUCUGAUAAAGAGGAGACGGAUGAGUCCACAGAGGAGGAUGAUGAGAUGAAAAAUGGAGAAAUAAAGAAAAACGGAGCAAUUCAGAAUGGUCACGCUGCAUAUAACAACAAUCACUCUAAAACAGAGUGAUUUCCUGAGAAGAGAGGAGCUUAAAAGAACAUUUAAAGAGGAGAAAGUAAAAAAAUAUAUAAAAAUGAGCGAAACCCGAAGUGAUAUUUCUUCUCCUCAAGCUGAACAUGAAAGAAGAGCCAGGAAGAAACAGGAUUGAUUCCAGUUUUCAUGAGCAAAAAAUUGCUGUGUACACUAGUGACAAAACACGCACAUGCCACAUACAAUAACAGUCUGACACAUCAGUCAAACGUGUGAACCUCUGAAGUCAUUCCUCUCUUUGGGGGAGAAACAGGGAUUAAUGUUGCCUCUAUUGAGAUUUUGGUCAACACAUGCCUUUCUUUGCCAUUGUUUGCUUUAUUAAUCCUUUGCUUUCCUUGUUUUUUUAUUUAAAAAACUGGCAAGCCACUGCAUCUUUUCCAAAGCAUAUGAAUCUGCAUUUACAUGUUUUUUAUUUUACACUGUAGAAUUUUUUUAUUUUGUUUUACAGCCAAAAAUGAGGUACAUCUUUAUACCAAAUGUUCAGUUUUUCAAGCAAGUCAGUCCACUGUUGGUCAUGUUUGGAACGCUCUCAGGAGGCUAUUUCCAGUCAUGACAGUGCAGCUCCUAUCUACUUGAAUGGGGAAAGACCGAAAUCUCCAAAAAGUUUGGUCAAGAUUACGAUCAAAGGACAUAUUUCAAAUCAUCAGUAAAAUAUGACAACACUUGAAAUCAUAAAUUGUGUUCUUUACGUGUAAGCCGCCCUCCCCAGGACCAACGAGAUCACAAAUGAUGAGAGCACUCUUAAAGACGGGUGGUCAGAAAUGGCACUGCCCGUCUCUGCUAAAUAGUCUCUGCUUUAACCAACUUGUUCGAAAAGAUUCCUUUCAAACUGUUGCUCCACCAUAACAGAUGAAACUGACAAUAGAGAAAGACAGUAUACGCUAACGCUAUUAUAGCGCCCCUUGUGUCAACACAGAGAAUGCAUCGCAUACUUACAUUGCACAAUAAAUUGCGUACUGACACUUUUGCGUGCAAUAGAACUUGCAUAGCUAAUAGCGUUCACAUAUAUACGCAGAGUAUGUUGCAAGCGAUUCCUAUUAUCCAUUUGAUUUUAAACCAAGAGUAAUGCCACGUCCACACUAACCUGCUGAAGUUUGAAAACUCAAACAUUUUCAGUUUCUAAAUGAAAAACAACCAUUUCCAGAGUGUGCAGUCGAAACGCCCUGUUUUCGGUGGUGGAAAACCCCAUUCUAGUGUGAAAUUAAUGCGUUUUCAAACUAAAAUUUAUUGGUGUGGGCGUUGCCUAAAUCUACACCAGAGUUCCUAACACUGUGUAAAUACGUAUUGGCCAGUUGUAGCAUGUUCGUUUUUACAUAGAUUUCAUUUAUUCGGUUUCGGAACAUUUUAAAGCCACAAGCCAAAGAUAGAAUGGUUGUGUAAACUUGUGGGAUGUUGUGUUGAUGUAGUUUGAACUAGAUGAUUUAGAAGUUUCAGAAUGUUAUUUAUUCUCUGUGGUAAUCAGAAAUGCAGUGAGCUUUUGUUUACCCAUGGGUUCACAUUCAAGGUCCUGAAUAUCACUGCUGGUUUUUCAUGAGACUUAUUGUGGGAGGAAUCAUGAAAUGUUUAAAACAUAACAAGCUAGAUCAUAAAAUUAUCUUUGCAUUUUACAUUUCAACAAAUUGUCAUCUGGUAAUUAUGAUCUGGCCAGAGUAAUGUUAGUAACAAGGACAUUAUAGAAUUAAAGAACAUUGAUCGAGAAUCUAAAAAAUUAAGUAUCUGCUGCUUUGGAGAACCAAAACUUGAAAUGUAUAUAUAUAUAUUCUCUUUUUUUCCCUGAAAUUGAUGUUAUGACACUAUCCUUCAUUCUUCUCACCAAAAGCCUGUUUUAUCACAUCUUAAGACCUUUUUUAACAGUAAAUUCAUGCUGUUCUCAUUAAUAAACUGUUUCCAGUCCUGGGGCUAGACUAGUGUUUCCAGGAGUUUCAGCUUUUUAAUAUUAGUCCAAGAGAGCAUAUAGUUCAUUUCCCUCAUAAAGUCUGAUGUUUUCUUACAAAUGCUGUGGGUAUAUUGUUCGGUGGGCCAGGGGUAUUUGAAAAACCUUUAAUUUCCAAGAGUCCUUUUGUCAUGAUCUUUUAUUUCCUGAGUAGCUGUCUUAAGCCUUCUCUAAAAUAAUCACUCCUUUGAUUUCAUCAUUCCUCCCAUUUUUCAACUCAGACACAGUGUUAUCUUUGUUUUGUAUUUGCCUGUGUUUUACUAUGAUGAUGAUAUUAUUAUGGAGAAUGUUAACAAUAAAAUACUGAAUGGGAGUCACACCUGA